AUCUUACGUUAUAAUAAUCGUGAUGAACGAAAAAUUCGACCAGUUACUUAAGAGCUCUUGAUCCCGCCGAAGCGACUGUCUUGAAAAUGUUGCAGAAACGUUUAAUUGUUUUAUUUAGAUCUACUCACAAGCACUUUCAACAACGUAACAAGAGCGAUGUGGGUUUUAUUGGUAUUGGCAACAUGGGACAGCGCAUGGCUACGAACCUCAUCAAAAAAGGACGUACUGUGAAAGUGUACGAUGCCUCAAAGACCGCUGCACAGACUGUUGCCGGUGCUAAAGUAUGUGCUACCCCGCAAGAGGCUGCAACUGAUGUGGAUUUCGUAAUUACCAUGUUACCAGACGGCGAUAUAGUAAAGAAAGUUCUAACAGCCGAAGACGGGGUUUUAAAAGGAAUCAAAAAGAGCGCUCUCUAUGUCGACAGUUCGACCAUAAACCCAAUAACAGCACAAGAAUUGCACAAAAUCACAGCGGGUGAAGGCAUCCAGUUUCUAGAUGCGCCCGUUUCAGGGGGAGUCACCGGCGCCUCCGCGGCCACGCUAACUUUCAUGCUCGGCGGUAGCCAAGAGAUAGCCAAAAAAGUUGAACCAUACCUCCUACAAAUGGGCGGUAGAAUUAUGCACUGCGGCGGUCCCGGCGCCGGUCAAAUAGCAAAACUAUGCAACAAUUUAAUACUGGGAAUUUGCAUGAUCGGCGUCGCCGAAGGAAUGAAUUUGGGCGCCAAAAUGGGCUUGGACGUCAAGACCCUAUCCCAAGUUGUCAACACCUCGACAGGGAGAUGCUGGUCGUCUGACACCUACAAUCCAGUUCCGGGAAUAAUGGAAAACGUACCGUCUGCCGACAAUUACAAUGGAGGUUUUCAAGUUCAGCUAAUCGCUAAAGAUAUGGCGCUCGCUUCUAAUGUCGCCGUCAGUUGUGGAGCCCCAAUUCCCUUGGGAUCUGCUGCCCAUCAAAUGUACAGAACGCUGGCCGCUUAUGGCAAAGGCAAUAAAGACUUUGGCAUAGUUUACCAAUUUUUACAAGGACAAUUGGACAGUCUGCCUAAAUGAUCUUGACGGGGGGCAUCAUAAGAAUAAUACAAAACACAAUGUGAUCCAUUCCAUCCCUAUUUUUUAUAAUAAAAUUUUUUUGCAGCUCUAUGAAAUAUCAACAGGCUAUUUAUCUUGAAAUAUAAUGUUUAAUUUA